UUCACACCCGUGUUGUAGUGCGCAGAUGAAAUCGCUCCUUCCUUUUCCUCACGCUACCCCUAGGCUCGACCGUGUGUCUGUACUGAAUCACUGAUUCUCACCUUACUGCACUGAAUAAACACCGUGUAUUUACAACAUGACGAAGGAACAGGCUAAAUGCUCGGCUGAGGAGGAGCAGCAGGCGUCCCAGUCGAAGAAAGCGCUGAAAAAACAGCAGAAGGAAGCAGAAAAAGCAGCCAAGAAGGCUGAGAAACAGGCCAAGCUGGCAGCUGAUCAGCAGACUACUGAGGAAGAUGACUUUGCACAGGAUCGUUACGGUGUGUGUGUGAUGAUGCAGUCACAAGAGAAAUUGGACAGGUCUCUGGUGCGAGUGUGUGAGCUGACUCCUGAUAGAGCAGGUCAGACAGUCUGGGUGCGUGCCAGGAUUCACACCAGCAGAGCUAAAGGGAAGCAGUGUUUCUUGGUCCUGCGUCAGCAGCAGUUUAACGUCCAGGCUCUGGUGGCCGUGGGAGAGCGCGCCAGCAAGCAGAUGGUGAAAUUCGCCGCUAAUAUUACUAAGGAGAGUAUAGUGGAUGUGGAGGCCGUGGUGCAGAAGGUGGAGCAGAAGAUUGAGAGUUGUUCUCAGCAGGAUGUAGAGCUGCACAUCCAGAGGCUGUUUGUGGUGAGUCAGGCCGAGCCUCGGUUGCCUCUGCAGUUGGAGGAUGCUGUGAGGCCUGAAGCAGAGGGUGAGGAGGAGGGCAGAGCCACUGUAAACCAGGACACCAGACUGGAUAACCGUGUUAUAGACCUGAGGACGACGACGAGUCAGGCGAUUUUCCGUCUGCAGUCAGGAGUGUGUCAGCUUUUCAGAGACACACUCACCAAGAAGGGCUUCGUAGAGAUCCAGACACCUAAAAUCAUCUCGGCUGCUAGUGAAGGAGGUGCGAAUGUCUUCACCGUGUCCUACUUUAAGACGAGUGCGUACCUGGCUCAGUCUCCUCAGCUCUACAAGCAGAUGUGUAUCUGUGCUGACUUCGACAAAGUCUUCUGUGUUGGACCAGUGUUCAGAGCUGAGGACUCUAACACUCAUCGUCACCUGACGGAGUUUGUUGGUCUGGAUAUUGAGAUGGCGUUUAAUUAUCACUACCAUGAGGUCAUUGACUCCAUCACCGACACCAUGGUGCAGAUCUUCAAAGGACUUAGGGACAACUUCCAGACGGAGAUCCAGACGGUGUGUAAGCAGUACCCCAGUGAGCCGUUUAAGUUCCUGGAGCCGACAUUGAGGCUGGAGUUUAAGGAGGCCGUCGCUCUGCUGCGCUCAGCUGGAGUGGAGAUGGGGGAUGAGGAGGAUCUCAGCACACCGAAUGAGAAGCUGCUUGGCCGCCUCGUCAAAGAAAAGUAUGAUACAGAUUUCUACGUCCUGGAUAAAUAUCCUCUGGCGGUGAGGCCAUUCUACACCAUGCCUGAUCCACACAACCCGAAAUACUCCAACUCCUAUGACAUGUUCAUGAGGGGAGAGGAGAUCCUGUCCGGAGCUCAGAGAGUCCACGACGCUCAGCUGCUAACCGAGAGAGCACUUCAUCACAGCAUCGACUUGGAGAAGAUUAAAGCUUACAUUGACUCGUUCCGUUACGGAGCUCCGCCCCACGCCGGAGGAGGAAUUGGUCUGGAGCGAGUAACCAUGCUGUACCUCGGCCUACACAACGUGCGUCAGACCUCCAUGUUCCCCCGUGACCCCAAGCGCCUGACUCCCUAGAGGUCAAAGGUGUUAACCCCUGGCUGACCUCACACACACACAUGCACACUGACACAAGGAUUGGGGGCAGCCAAUCUUUCCAUGAUUAAACAAUAAUGAUAAUUUCGAGUGUACUUUAAUAUGUGUAAAGUAAAUCUGUGCUCUAAUGUUGGUGAGUCGGUGGGUAAGGCCACGUCUCAAACCACACACUACUGUACUGAACAGUGUGUGAACAGUAUUACAGUAGUGUUAAUUAGGGCUAAUAAUGAAGAAAUUAAUUAAAAAACAAGCAAAGACAGAAAAUGAAUGGUAAAAAAAAUUAAAAUGUAAAAGAACAAAAAAAUGGAGGAAUAAUUAUUCAGCUUUUCGGACACAGAAAAUAAAACAAGGAACAAAGGGAAAGAACUUUUUUUGAAUUUAUUUGAAAUCUAUCAGAUUUUUUUGUGUUUGAGAAGAAAAGUCACACAACAAUGUGUGUGUGUGUGUGUGUUCGUUCGGAGCUGCUGCUGGUGAUCUGCAGGAGGAAGAGGAAGAUCUGGAUGAUGUCAGUGUAGAGAGAUAGAGCUCCGUAUACGUGCUCAUCUGGACUCAUCCUAGCAGCUCGGUUUCCCAACAGCAACCAACACACACUGAUUAGGGUUUGGGAAGUGGUGGGGCAGCCGUGUCUUUUCAUGAUUAAACAAUAACGAUAAUUACAAGCCAGCUAGUUUUUUUUUUUACGUAUAAUUCUGACACGUACGAUGCUGUCAGUUCUGACUGGUGAAGGGAUGCAGUGCACGUUAAACCAGUGUACUUUAAUCUGUGUAAAAGAAAUCUGUGCUCUAAUGUUGGUGAGUCGGUGGGUAAGGCCACGUCUCAAACCACACACUACUGUACUGAAUAGUGUGUCAAAGUAUUACAGCAGUGUUAAUUACGGUUCAGGACAAGUAAUACAUUUGGAUUUAAUGUGUACUAAAUUAAUGUGUGAUUUGGGACACAGCCCAGGACUUAAAACUAGUGUAACAGAAUGUCACUCUAUACUAAAUACCAGCUUAUUAAAUGUCAUGAUCUUGAUAUUAUAUUCGAUAUAAACCACACACUCUCUCUCUCUCUGUAGUGCACUAGGCUGUGGAUUGAGACGUGACCCAGGUCUUAUACUGACUAAGUUCAGAUCAGUUGUUUUUUUUUUUCUACUGAGAUCAUUUCUAGCCAGCACACACAGCUAGUACAUUAACUAGGGCAAAGUGAGUGUUCUGAUCUGCUCACGUCACUGUUCUGCCCUAGUGAUGAGGAGGAGUUUUAAACACAUUAUUACUGCAGUUUAAUAAAUAAAUACAUGAUUUAAUAAAAACAUUAAUUAUGUGGA